AUGUCUUUCGUCUUUACAGAUAAUGAGGUGUCAGCAGCUAAUGUCAUUUUAACUAAACCGACCGUUGUAUGCAAAUACACACCAUUACUACCAGAUCAAGAUAUGAUAGAUAGAAUGUUAAAAUACCGGAGAUCGAGUGAUGUCUCGGACGGUCUAGGAGAUGACAACAGUUCUUUGGUGUAUUUAAGAUGGAAUGUUCUGGGUUUAAAUGGCGUCUCAACUUCCAUACCUCUAGCCUUUGUUGUUAGUUUAAAAAGCAGAUACAAAAUUAGAGAAAGUGCCUGGAAAACUGUUGCUUUUACCAAUUUUAGUUUUGUUCCAAUAACAGGAUUAUCACCAUCAUCAGAGUAUAAUUUUAGAAUAACAGUAGUUGGUGUUGAGGGAAUUGUAGAUAAAGCUAAAGAUACAGACUGGACUAGUAUACCAGAGGCCAGAGCUGGAGUUGAUGCUCCAAAGAGUAUUUCAUUAAUAAAGCAAUAUUAUAAAGGAUCAUCAGUUCAUGCUUUGAUGGGAUGGACUCCAGGUAAACAUGGUGGUUGUUAUUUUAAAUUAUAUUGGAUGAAAUCAAACCAUGGCAAUUACAAGACACAAGAUGUAAAGGAAUGGUCCAAGUUCGAGUUUGAGAUUAGUGAUUUAGACUUUAAUAGUGAAUAUAUUGUGGAAGUGGAGACUUAUGAUAAGGAUUUUUUAAAAAGCAGUAAACCAUCAACUAAAAUUAAAUUUAGAACUUUAGAUUGUCUGAAUUCUACAGGACACGACUAUGAUAUAUGUGCUCCCGAUCAACUGUCCAAUAUUACAUUGGAAAUUGGACCAAAACAUAUAGUCGAUGGUCAGGAAGUAUCUGAUGUAGAGAUUAAUUGGACACUCCCACAAUAUAUUUCACCAUCAAACGAUAUAGAACAUAUCUUUCUGACUUGGAGAAAAGAACCAUCUAUAGCAUUAAGUAAAUACAUUAUACCUCAUCACGGUGACCGUUUACUUUCAAAGACUGCAGAAAAUGUAACAUUGUUUGGUUUACAUUGGAACAGUGUUUAUGCAAUAACUACACAAGUGAGAUCUGCUGGUGGUAUAAGCGACAAAACAAUCAAUCAUGCACAGUUAGGUAGUGCUUACGCCGAUAUCAACCCAGAGGAGAUAACGUUUGAACAAACAACUUCAACAGUUGCAGAACAAUUAGGUAUGUACCCCACGUUAACUAACUGA